GCCCCCUUGCCUUUGCGGCCCGGCGCCGGGCGCCGCCUGCCUGGUCAACUGCUCAGGCCGCGGGCUACUGACGCUCGGGCCCGCACUGCGCAUCCCUGCGGACACCACAGCUCUAGAUGUCUCCCACAACUUGCUCCAGACACUGGACGUCGGGUUCCUGGCAAACCUGUCAGCGCUGGUGGAGCUGGACAUAAGCAACAAUAGGAUUUCUACGUUAGAAGAAGGAAUAUUUGCUAAUUUAUUUAAUUUAAGUGAAAUAAACCUGAGCAGAAACCCAUUUGAGUGUGACUGUGGUCUAAUGUGGCUGAGGCGCUGGGCAGAGGAGCAGCAGGUUCAUGUGGUACAGCCAGAGGAGACCACAUGCACAGGGCCUGGCCCCCUGGCUGGCCAGCCCCUCCUUGGUCUCUCCUUGGUAGACAGCAGCUGUGAUGAGGAGUAUGUUGCCUGCUUCCCUGACAACAGCUCAGACAACAUGGUGCUGGUGGUCUUCUCCACUGCUCACAAGGGCCCACUGGCACCUGAGGCCUGCAGUACCUUCUGCUUUUUAGGUGGCCAGGGCCUAGCAGCCCUCUUGGAGCAGGGCCAGUGUUUAUGUGGGGCAGCUCAGACCCUCAACACCUCAAUGGCCUGCCUGUCCCUGUGUUCCAGCCCCCGGCCACCCACCCCUGCCUGCCGGGGCCCCACCUUCCUCCAGCAUGUCUUCCCUUCUUCUCCAGGGGCCACCCUGGUGGGGCCCCAUGGACCCCUGGCCUCUGGCCAGCCAGCAGCCUUUCACAUCACCACCAUCUCCCUGCCUCUCAGCACUAUAUGCUGGGACUUUGGCGAUGGCUCGCCGAAGCUGGACAUGACUGGUCCUGCUGCCACCCACCGCUAUGUGCUGCCUGGGCACUAUCAUGUGACAGCAGUACUGGCUUUGGGGGAUGGAUCAGCCACACUGGAGACAGAGGUGCAAGUAGAGGUGGCACCUGCUGCCCUGGAGCUUGUGUGCCCAUCCUCUGUGCACAGAGACGAGAGCCUUGAAUUGGGUAUCCGGAACCGUGGAGGCUCAGACCUUGAGGCUACCUAUAGCAUCCUAGCCUUGGGUGAGGAGCCAGUCCAAGUGGUGCACCCACUCUGCCCCUCGGACACGGAGAUCUUCCCUGGCAAUGGGCACUGCUACCGCCUGGUGGCAGAGAAGGCAUCCUGGCUGCAGGCGCAGGAGCGGUGCCGGGCCUGGGCUGGGGCCGCCCUGGCCAUGGUGGACAGUCCUGCAAUCCAGCACUUCCUGGUCUCCCAGGUUACCAGGAGCCUGGAUGUGUGGAUUGGCUUCUCAGCUGUGGAGGGAGCAGAGGCAGGCCUGGCACCCCAGGGCGAGGCCUUCAACCUGGAAAGCUGCCAAAACUGGCUGCCUGGGGAGCCACAUCCAGCCACGGCCGAGCACUGUGUGCGGCUGGGACCUGCUGGACAGUGCAACACAGACCUGUGCUCAGCGCCACACAGCUAUGUCUGUGAGCUGCAGCCCGGAGGCCUCGUGUGGGAUGCUGAGAACUUCCUCAUGGGAGUGCCUGGUGGGGGCCUGCAGGGGCCCCUGAUUCUGCUGACACCACAGGAAGCCCUCCUGUCCCCGCGACAGCCCGUGGAGGUCAUGGUGUUCCCUGGCUUGAGCCCAAGCCGCGAAGCCUUCCUCACUACAGCCGAGUUUGAGACCCAGGAGCUUGGGGAGCCUGCCCAGUUGCGGCUUCAGGUGUAUCGGCCUUCAGGAGGGGCAGGGGUUCCAGGAAAUAGAAGUGAGCCUGAUGACAGGACUGAGCCAGUCCCUAGGUGUAUGCCAGAGGGAUGCUGGUGUCCUGGUGCCAGUCUCUGUGUGCCACUGGAUGCUGCCUGCCACCUUCGGGCCUGUGCCAAUGAGUCUGUGGUAGGGCCUGGGCUCCCCAGAGCCACCUAUGCUUUGUGGAGAGAGUUCCUUUUCUCCGUGCCUGCAGGGCCCCCCACGCAGUACUCGGUAACCUUCCAUGGCCAGGAUGUUCCUGUGCUCCCUGGUGACCUCAUUGGUUUGCAGCAUGAUGCUGGCUCAGGUGCCCUACUGCACUGUCCCCUGGCACCCAACCAAGCUGGCCCCAACACCCUGUACCUCUCUACCAAUGCCUCUAACUGGCUAGCCCACCUGCCCACCCUGCUGGAUGAUGCUCGGCCUGGCCCUGCCUGUAUCCUGCAGCUGGUCACAGCCACUGAACAACUCAGCCCCCUGCUGGGUCUAAGGUCCAACCCUGGGCUGAAGCAUCCUGGGCGCUAUGAGGUCCGGGCCACAGUGGGCAACAGUGUGUCCACGUACAACCUUUCCUGCAGCUUCAACGUGGUCUCCCCAGUGGCUGGGCUCCGGGUUAUUUACCCGGUUGCCCUUGAUGGCCAACUCUACAUGCCAACCAGUGGCUCGGUCUUGGUGCUUCAGGUGGACUCAGGUGCCAAUGCCACAGCCACAGCUCACUGGCCUGGGGGCAAUGUCAGUGCACCCUUGGAGGCUGCCUGCCCUACCAUGGAUGCCCUCAAGCCCACCUGUGUCCAAGAGACCAACAACACGACCAACAGCACCCUGUUUUCAGUGUUGGUGCUUCACGGGCUCAGCCAAGGGGAGCACGCUGUGGAGGUUGUAGUACAGAACAGCGCUAGCCAGGCCAACCUCACCCUGAGAGUGACGGCAGAAGAGCCCAUCCGUGGUCUCCGUGCUACGCCUGUUCCUGAGGCCCGAGUACUACAGGGUGCCUUGGUGCGGUACAGCCCCAUGGUGGAGGCCGGCACCAACGUGGUCUUUCGGUGGACCAUUGAUGACAAACAGUCCCUGACCUUCCACAAUGUUGUCUUCAAUGUCAUCUACCAGAGUGCUGCCAUCUUCAAGCUCUCGCUCACAGCCUCCAACCAUGUGAGCAAUGUCACUGUGAACUACAACGUCACGGUGGAGCGCAUGAACAGGAUGCGGAGCCUGCUGGUGUCAGCAGUGCCAGCUGUGCUGGCCCCCAACACCACGCUGGCACUGAUGGCCAGGGUGCUGGUAGACUCAGCUGUGGAAGUGGCUUUCCUGUGGACCUUUGGGGAUGGUCAGCAGGUGCUCGGCCAGUUCAAGCCUCCAUACAACAAGUCCUUCCAGGUCCCGGACCCCACUGUAGCCCAGGUGUUGGUGGAACAUAAUGCCACGCAUACCUACGCCAACUCAGGUGAGUACAACCUGACCGUCCUCGUGUCCAACACCUUCGAGAACCUGACACAGCAAGUGCCUGUGAGUGUACGUGACACACUGCCAGCUGUGGCCAUAAGUGUGAGCAGCAGCACCCUGGUGGCUGGCUGGCCUGUCACCUUUUCACUGCAUCCGCUGCCUUUGCCUGGUGGUGUCCUAUACACGUGGGACUUCGGAGAUGGCUCCCCUAUCCUGAUACAGAGCGAACCAGCGGUGAAUUACACCUACACCAGGACAGGCACCUACCAUGUCUGCCUGGAGGUCAACAACACGGUGAGCAGUGUGGUAGCGCACACAGAUGUCCACGUCUUCCAGGAGCUAAGUGGGCUAAGUGUGCGACUGGACCCAGCUGUGGAGCAGGGAGCUCCUGUGGUGGUCAGUGCUACUGUGGAGACAGGUGACAAUGUCACAUGGACGUUUGACAUGGGGGACGGCACGGUGUUCAUCGGCUCCGAGACUACAGUGCAGCACGUGUAUCUACGGGCACAGAACUGUACGGUAACAGUGGGCGCAGCCAGCCCUGUGGGCCACCUGACUCAAAGCCUACCUGUGCGUGUUUUUGUCCUGGAGGUACUGCGUAUUGAGCCUGCCACCUGCAUCUCCACCCAGCCUGAUGCCCAACUGACAGCCCAUGUUGCUGGGGACCCUGCCAACUACCUCUUUGACUGGACCUUUGGGGAUGGCUCCUCUAACACGACUGUUAAGGGGCACCCAACAGUGACACAUAACUUUACAAGAAGUGGCAUAUUCCCCCUGGCGUUGAUCCUGUCAAGCCAUGUGAACAAGGCACAUUACUUUACCAGUGUUUGUGUAGAGCCCGAGGUGGAGAAUGUCACUCUGCGGCCCGAGCAGCAGUUUGUGCAGCUUGGGGAUGAAGCCCGGCUGGUGGCCUGCACCUGGCCCCCUUUCCCCUACCGAUACACGUGGGACUUUGGCAUUGAAGACACUGUCCCCACCCAUGCUUGGGGCCCUGAGGCAACAGUGAUCUACCGAGACCCGGGCUCCUAUUUGGUGACAGUCACUGUGUCCAAUAAUGUCUCUGCUAUCAAUGACUCUGCUCUUUUGGAAGUACAGGAGCCCAUGGUAGUCACUGGCAUCAGAGUCAAUUCCUCUCAUGUGCUGGUGCUGCAGCAGCCCUACCUAUUCUCUGCCAUGGGUCGUGGGCACCCUGCCACCUACCUGUGGGAGCUGGGGGAUGGCACACAGCUUGUGGGCUCUGAGGUCACCCAUGUCUACAACAGCACAGGUGACUUUACUAUCAGGGUAUUGGGCUGGAAUGAGGUGAGCCACAGUGAGGCGUGGCUCAAUGUCACAGUGAAGCGGCGCAUCCAGGGGCUGAGCAUCAAUGCCAGCCGUGUGGUGGUGCCUCUGAAUGGCAGUGUGAGUUUCAGCACCACCCUGGAGGCAGGUAGUGAUGUGCACUACUCCUGGGUACUGUGUGACCGCUGCACACCCAUCCCUGGGGGCCCCACCAUCUCCUACACCUUCCGCUCAGUGGGUACCUUCAACAUCAUCGUGACAGCUGAGAACGAGGUGAGCACAGCCCAGGACAGCAUCUUCAUCUAUGUCCUGCAGCUCAUUGAGGGCCUGCAGGUGGCAGGUGGUGGCAGCAGCUGCUGCUUUCCUACCAACCACACACUGCAGCUGCAGGCUGUGGUCCGGGACGGCACUAACAUUUCCUACAGCUGGACUGCCCAGAGCAAUGGCAGCCUGGCCCUAGUAGGUAGUGGCAAGAGCUUCUCACUCACCGUGCUUGAGGCUGGCACCUAUCACAUCCAUCUGCGAGCCACCAAUAUGCUGGGAAGUGCCUCAGCCAACCGCACCAUAGACUUUGUGGAACCUGUGGGGUUUCUGACUGUGGCUGCCUCUCCCAACCCAGCUGCUGUCAAUGCGAGGAUCACCUUUGGUGCUGAGCUGGCAGGUGGCAGUGGUGUGAUUUAUACUUGGUCCUUGGAGGAAGGGCUAAGUUUGGAGACUUCUGAACCGUUCACCAUCCAUGCCUUUUCCACAUCUGGCCUGCAUCUGGUCAGGAUUACAGCUGGGAACCAGCUGGGUUCAGUCAAUGUUACCAUUGAGGUGAUUGUGCAGGUGCCUGUGAGUGGCCUUAGCAUUAGGGCUAAUGAACCAGACAGCAGCUUUGUGGCAGCUGGCUCCACUGUACCCUUUUGGGGACACCUGGCCACAGGUACCAAUGUAAGCUGGUGUUGGGCUGUGCCGGGUGGCAGCAAGUAUGGCCAGCAUAUUGCUGUGGGCUUCCCAGAUGCUGGGGUCUUCUCCAUCCAGCUCAAUGCCUCCAACGCGGUCAGCUGGGUCACAGCUUCAUAUAACCUCACAGUGGAAGAACCCAUCAUGGGCCUGGUGCUGUGGGCCAGCAGCAAGGUUGUAGCACCUGGGCAGCUGGUCCACUUUCAGAUUUUGCUGGCAGCAGGCUCAGCCGUCACCUUCCACCUGCAGGUUGGCGGGGCCAGCCCUGAGGUGCUCCCCGGGUCCCAUUUCUCCCAUAGCUUCUCCUGGCUUGGAGACCACGUGGUGAGUGUGCAGGCUGAGAACCAUGUGAGCCGGGGCCAGGCCCAGGUGCGUGUCUUGGUGCUAGAGGCUGUCGAUGGGCUGCAGGUACCCAACUGCUGUGAGCUGGGCAUGGUCACGGGUACUGAGAAGAACUUCACAGCUCGGGUACAGCGGGGCUCCCGAGUUGCCUACGCUUGGUACUUCUCCUUGCAGAAGGUCCAGGGUGACUCACUGGUCAUUCUCUCAGGCCGUGAUGUCACCUACACCCCUGUGGCUGCAGGGCUGCUGGAGAUCCAUGUCCGUGCCUUUAAUGAACUGGGUGGUGUGAACCUCACACUCACAGUAGAGGUUCAAGAUGCCAUCCAGUAUGUAGUGCUACGCAGUGGCCGCUGCUUCGCCAACCGCUCAGCCCGGUUUGAAGCUACCACAAGCCCCAGUCCCCGGCGUGUGGCCUACCGCUGGGACUUUGGGGAUGGGGCCCCAAUGCAGGACACAGAGGAGCCCUGGGCUGACCACUCCUACUUGCAGCCAGGGGACUACCGUGUGGAGGUGAACGCCUCCAACCUGGUGAGCUUCUUUGUGGCACAAGCCACAGUGACGGUCCAGGUGCUAGCUUGCAGGGAGCCUGAGGUGGACGUGGCCCUCCCCCUGCAGGUAUUGAUGCGGCGCUCCCAGCGUAACUACCUGGAGGCUCAUGUUGAUCUGCGUGAUUGUGUCACCUACCAGACUGAGUACCGCUGGGAGGUGUACCGAACUGCCAGCUGCCAGCGACCAGGGCCUGUGGCACGGGUGGCCCUGCCUGGUGUAGAUGUGAGCCGGCCACAGCUGGUGGUUCCACGGCUGGCAUUGCCUGUUGGCCACUAUUGCUUUGUGUUUGUGGUGUCAUUUGGGGAUACUCCCUUGGCACGAAGCAUCCAGGCCAAUGUAACAGUGGCUGCCGAGCGCCUGGUGCCUAUCAUUGAAGGAGGCUCAUAUCGCGUGUGGUCAGACACUCAGGACCUGGUGCUGGAUGGGAGCAAGUCCUACGACCCCAACCUGGAAGAUGAUGACCAGACACCACUUAGCUUCCACUGGGCCUGUGUGGCCGCAACACAGAUGGAGACCAGUGGGUGUGUCCUGAACUUUGGGCCCCGCGGGAGCAGUGUGGUCACCAUUCCUAGGGAACGCCUAGCGGCCGGUAUAGAGUACACCUUCAACCUCACCGUGUGGAAAGCAGGCAGGAAGGAGGAGGCUGCCAGCCAGACGGUGCUGGUCCGAAGUGGUCAUGUGCCCAUUGUGUCACUGGAGUGCGUGUCUUGCAAGGCACAGGCAGUAUAUGAAGUGAGCCGCAGUUCCUACGUGUACCUGGAGGGCCACUGCCAUAACUGCAGCAGUGGCUCCAAGCACGGGCGCUGGGCUGCACGAACCUUCAGCAAUAAGACUCUGGUGCUGGAUGAGACUACCACAUCCACAGGCAGCUCAGGCAUGCGGCUAGUGGUGCGGCGCGGUGUGCUGCGGGAUGGUGAGGGCUACAUCUUCACACUCACAGUUCUAGGCCAUUCGGGCAAGGAGGAAGGCUGUGCCUCCAUCCGCCUCUCCCCCAACCGCCCUCCGCUGGGGGGUGCGUGUCGCCUCUUCCCGCUGGAUGCAGUGUGCGCCCUCACCACCAAGGUGCACUUUGAAUGUGUGGGCUGGCAGGAUGCAGAGGAUGCGAGUGCCCCGCUGGUGUAUGCCCUGCUGCUGCGGCGCUGUCGCCGGGGCCACUGUGAGGAGUUCUGCAUUUACAAGGGUAGCCUCUCCACCUAUGCUGCUGUGCUGCCCCCAGGAUUCCAGCCUAGCUUUGAGGUGGGACUGGCUGUUGUUGUGCAGGAUCAGUUGGGUGCUGCAGUGGUUGCCCUCAACAGGUCUCUGGCCAUUGUCCUGCCGGAGCCCAAUAGCUCCAUGGGACUUACUCCCUGGCUGCACAGCCUGACCGCCAGUGUGUUGCCUGGGCUUCUGAGACAGGCUGAUCCCCAGCACGUCAUUGAAUACUCACUGGCCCUUAUCACUGUGCUCAAUGAGUAUGAGCAGGCCCCAGAUGUGGCCACAGAGCCUGAUUCUGAGCAGCAGCUGCGGGCCCAGAUGCGCAAGAACAUCACAGAAACCCUGGUUUCCUUGCGGGUCAACACUGUGGAUGACAUCCAGCAGAUCACUGCUGCGCUGGCCCAGUGCAUGGUGUCCAGCAGAGAGCUUGUGUGCCACUCGUGCCUGAAACAGACGCUGCACAAGCUGGAGGGCAUGAUGCGCAUCCUGCAGGCUGAGACCACCCAGGGCACUGUGACACCCACCACCAUCGCUGACAGCAUCCUCAACAUCACAGGUGACCUCAUCCACCUGGCCAGCUCAGACAUACAGAGCCCACAGCCCUCAGGACUAGGGACUGCGUCGCCCUCAUUGAUGGUGGCGUCUAAGGCCUACAACCUCUCAUCAGCCCUCAUGUGUAUUCUUAUGCGUUCCCGUGUGCUCAAUGAGGAGCCUCUGACCCUGGCGGGUGAAGAGAUCGUGGCACAGGGCAAGCGCUCAGACCCACGCAACCUGCUGUGCUAUGGCAAUGCCUCAAGCUCCGGCUGCCAUUUCUCCAUCCCCGAGGCCUUCAGUGGAGCCCUGUCCAACAUCAGUGAUGUGGUACAGCUCAUCUUCCUGGUGGACUCCAAUCCUUUUCCCUUUGGCUACAUCAGCAAUUACACUGUCUCUACCAAGGUGGCAUCCAUGGCUUUCCAGACACAGGCUGGCACCCAGAUCCCCAUAGAGCAACUGGCGAAAGAGCGUGCCAUCACCGUGAAGGUGCCCAACAACUCGGACCAGGCUGCCCAGGGUCUCCACGCCCAUGUGGGGUCGGCUGUCGUCCAGCCCCAGGCCUCUGUCAGUGCUGUGGUCACCCCGGACAACAGCAACCCCGCAGCAGGGUUGCACCUGCAGCUCACCUACACGGUGCUCAGUGAGCGCUACCUGUCUGAGGAACCUGAGCCCUACCUGGCUGUCUACCUGCACUCAGCACCCCAGCCCAAUGAGUACAACUGCUCGGCCAGCAAGAAGAUCAGCCUGGAGAUGCUCACCGGUACCGACCACAGGCCCUACACCUUCUUCAUCGCCCCAGGGACUGGAUACCCAGGUGGGAGUUACCACCUGAACCUGACUAGCCACUUCCACUGGUCAGCACUGGAGGUGUCCGUGGGCCUGUAUACAUCCCUGUGCCAGUACUUCAGCGAGGAGGAGAUGAUGUGGAGGACAGAGGGGCUUGUGCCCCUGGAGGACACUUCACCCAGCCAGGCCGUCUGCCUCACUCGUCACCUCACUGCCUUUGGUGCCAGCCUCUUUGUGCCACCCAGCCAUAUCCACUUCAUCUUCCCUGAGCCAGCUGCUCGUGUGAAUUACAUCGUGCUCCUGACAUGUGCCAUGUGCCUUGUAACCUACACCAUCAUGGCUGUGAUCCUGCGCAGGCUGGACCAGCUCGAUGUCAGCUGGGCCCGCGUCAUCCCUUUCUGCGGGAAGGGGGGCCGCUUCAAGUAUGAGAUCCUGGUCAAGACUGGCUGGGGCCGAGGUUCAGGUACCACAGCCCAUGUGGGCAUCAUGCUAUAUGGAGCAGACAGCCGGAGUGGCCACAGACACCUGGAUGGGGACAGGGCCUUUCACCGCAACAGCCUGGACAUCUUCCGGAUUGCCACCCCACACAGCCUGGGCAAUGUGUGGAAGAUCCGCGUGUGGCAUGACAACAAAGGGCUCAGCCCCGCCUGGUUUCUGCAGCAUGUCAUCGUCAGGGACCUGCAGAAUGCCCACAGCACCUUCUUCUUGGUCAACGAUUGGCUGUCUGUGGAGACAGAGGCCAAUGGUGGCCUAGUGGAGAAGGAGGUGCUGGCUGCAAGCGAUGCAGCCCUAUGGCAGUUCCAGCGCCUCCUAGUGGCCGAACUGCAGCGUGGUUUCUUUGACAAGCACAUUUGGCUAUCCAUAUGGGACCGGCCAGCUCGCAGUCGCUUUACUCGUGUGCAGAGGGCCACCUGCUGUGUCCUCCUCAUCUGCCUCUUCCUGGGGGCCAAUGCCGUGUGGUAUGGGGUCGUGGGAGAUGCCACCUACAGCAUGGGGCCUGUGUCCAGUCUGAUCCCACCAAGUAUCGACACAGUUGUCAUUGGCCUAGUGUCCAGUGUGGUUGUCUACCCUGUCUACUUGGCCAUCCUGUUCCUCUUCCGGAUGUCCCGGAGCAAGGUGGCUGGUGGCCCGAGCCCCAACCCCACAGGGCAGCAGGCACUGGAGCUGGAUAGCUGUUUGGAUUCAUCUGUGCUGGACAGCUCCUUCCUCACAUUGUCGGGCCUCCGAACUGAGGCCUUCGCAGGACAAGUGAAAAGUGACUUAUUUCUGGAUGAUUCUAAAAGCCUCGUGUGUUGGCCCUCCAGUGAAGGCACACUCAGUUGGCCAGACCUGCUCAGCGACCCAUCCAUUGUGGGCAGCACCCUGCAGCGGCUGGCAAGGGGCCGGACAGGCCGAGGGCUGGGCUCAGAGGAGGACAGCCUCUCUCUGGUUAGCCCCUCCUCACCUGCCAAAUACUUCUCAGCAUCAGAUGAAGACCUUAUCCGGCAGGUCCUGGCCGAAGGGGCUAACAGCCUAGUGGUCACCCAGGACACCCUUGUAGAAACGGACCUGCUCACUGGCUUGUCCAGCAUUCCUGGAGAGAAGACAGAGACACCAGCAAUGCAGAGGUUUGGGGGCAGUGGGCCUCCUGGCCCAGGCCUGACCUGGGAACAGCCCCCAUUGGCCCAGCUCUCCAGAACAGGACUGGUGGGAGGUCUGCAGAAACGACUGAUGCCUACCUGGUGUGCCCCUCUGGCCCAUGGCCUCAGCCUACUCCUGGUGGCGGUGGCCGUGGGGGUCUCAGGGUGGGUUGGUGCCAGCUUCCCCCCGAGCGUGAGUGUCAUGUGGCUCCUCUCGAGCAGCUCUAGCUUCCUGGCCUCAUUCCUUGGCUGGGAGCCACUGAAGGUCCUGCUGGAAGCCCUUUACUUCUCACUUGUGGCCAAGCGGCUGCAUCCUGAUGAAGAUGACAUGCUGGUGGAAAGUCCAGCUGUGACACCAGUGAGCGAGCGUGUGCCCCGUGUGCGGCCUCCCCAUGGCUUUGCUCUCUUCCUGGCAAAGGAGGAAGCUCGAAAGGUCAAGAGGCUGCACAGCAUGCUGAGGAGCCUCUUGGUACACAUGCUUUUCCUGCUGGUGACACUGUUGGCCAACUAUGGGGAUGCCUCCUACCACAACCACGCCUACCGUCUGCAGAGCGCCAUCAAACAGGAGCUGGAUAGCCGAGCUUUUCUGGCCAUCACGCGGUCUGAUGAGUUCUGGCCAUGGAUGUCCCACGUGCUGCUGCCCUACGUCCAUGGGAACCAGUCCAACCCUGAGCUGGGGCCCCCACGGCUGCGGCAGGUGCGGCUGCAGGAAGCCCUGUGUCCAGACCCUUCCAGCUCUGGGGUGCACCUGUGCCCAGCUGCAGGAGGCUUCAGCACAGUCGACUAUGGCGUUGGCUGGCAGAGUGCAGCCCGUAACGGCUCAGAGACAUGGACUUACUCUGUGCCUGACCUACUGGGCACCUGGUACUGGGGUUACUGCGCGGUGUACGACAGCGGUGGCUAUGUGCAGGAGCUGGGUCUGAGCCUGGAGGAGAGCCGCGCACGUCUGCACUUCUUGCAGCAACACAACUGGCUUGACAGCAAGAGCCGUGCUGUGUUUGUGGAGCUCACACGCUACAGCCCAGCCGUAGGGCUACACGCUGCCGUCACACUGCGCCUCGAGUUUCCUGCCACUGGCCAUGCCCUGACAGCUCUCAGCGUCCGCCCAUUUGUGCUGCUGCGCUUCAGCACAGGACUGUCUCUGCCACUGCUCACAUCGGUGUGCCUGCUGCUGUUCGCACUAUACUUCUCUGUGGCUGAGGCGCGAGCCUGGCACAGGGAGGGCUGUUCACAUGCCAAGCAGCCUGGGGCCUGGGCACAGUGGCUCCUGGUCACACUGACAGCAGCUGCGGCACUGGUACGUCUGGCCCAGCUAGGCACUGCCGACCACCAGUGGACUCGCUUCCUGCGUGGUCGCCCCCACCAUUUCACCAGCUUUGACCAGGUGGCACAGCUAAGUACUGCAGCCCGUGGCCUGGCAGCUUCGCUGCUCUUCCUGCUCUUGGUCAAGACCGCCCAGCAGCUGCGGUUUGUGCGCCAGUGGUCUGUGUUUGGUAAGACCCUGUGCCAGGCCCUGCCAGAGCUCCUAGGGGCCACUUUGGGCCUGGUUAUACUUGGAGUGGCCUAUGCCCAGUUGGCUGUUCUGCUUGUCUCCUCUUGCACGGACUCCCUCCACAACGUGGUCCAGGCCCUCCUGGUGCUAUGCCCCGGGGCCAGGGUCCCCACCUUGUGCCUGGGCGAGUCCUGGCACCUGUCCCCUCUGCUGUGCAUGGGACUCUGGGCUCUGCGCCUGUGUGGAGCCCUCAGACUGGGUGCAGUUCUUCUGCGUUGGCGGUACCACUCUCUGCGGGGCGAACUCUACCGCCCAGCCUGGGAACCCCAAGACUACGAGAUGGUGGAGCUCUUCCUGCGCAGGCUACGCCUCUGGAUGGGCUUCAGCAAGGUCAAGGAGUUCCGCCACAAAGUCCGCUUUGAAGGGAUGGAGCCACUGCCCUCUCGAUCGUCCAGAGCUUCCAAAUCUUCCCCAGAGGCACCGCCACCCAGUGGUGGCUCCGACGCUUCGCACCCCUCCACCUCCUCCAGCCAGCUGGAUGCACCGAAUGCAGGCCCAGGCCGCCCAGGAGCCCAGGGGGAGCCUGAGCCAGAGCCUUCCCGCCUCCAUGCUGUGUUCGAGGCCCUGCUUACCCAGUUUGACCGACUCAACCAGGCCACAGAGGAUGUCUACCAGCUGGAACAGCGGCUGCAGAGGCUUCAAAGCUGUGGGAGCACCCAGUUUCCUGCAUCACCUCGCCCCAGCCCCUCCCCAAGCCCCAAAUCAGUCCUGCCCAGCCACCCCGCCCAGGCCAGUCAGGGCAUGGACCUAACUACAGGCCCCAGAAGGACACCUCUGUGGGCCAAGAACAAGGUCCACCCCAGCAGCACUUAAUCCCAGAGGCCUGGGUCAUGCCCCUUCCUGGGGGAAGGCCUGUGGCUUUGCUCUGGUCCCCAGGAGCCAGCGUAGACAGUGCUCAGUAUUACCUUCUGCCUCAAGGCCUCAGGCUAGGCAGUAUGGCUACACACAGGUUCCCCAGAGAGCAGGCAGGGUGGGUCUGCCUGCCUAUGGGCUUCAGCACUUUAAAAAGGCUGUGUGACCAGCCAGGACCCAGGGUCCCCUCCCAGGUCCCUGUGGGAGGACACAACAGUAUUGGAACGAGCGAGUACCCAGCCUCCGACUGCUAAUUUAUUUCCCAAGUCCUCAGGUACAGCAGGGCUGUGCCCGGUGCCACCCCUGGGCAGCCUGCUCCCCUUGCUAAGGAACCAGGCUUCAGGGAGGGUAAGCUGCGCCUCCUAUCCUUCACCCCCUAAGUUAUUACUUCUUCCCUUGUCCACGUAGCACACUCGCCUCCAGCUACCAUCCCAUUUUGUGUCUACCGUCAGUAAUUUAUAUGAGGUUAAAAUGUAUAUAUUUUUGUAUGUCACUUUUCCAGUAGAGCUUAGGGGCCUGGUAGCUAAAGCAGGGCCCUGGGCCCACUGUUGCCAGUGAGGGUGCCAGGGAAGCUGCAUCUGCUUUUUGGAUCCGAGUCUGGCCUUGGGCAGGUGCUAGAUGAAUUUUGGGGCCACAGCUCUACCCUGGUAUUCCUUUCACCACCUUGGCCUUGUUUUUGUCCCCUGCCUGGAGCUGGGGAUAGCACCCAGGCCUGCUGGUGUCAGGUCUGGGUAAGGGACUUGCAUGUGGUGAAGGAUGCCAGGCAGGGAGGGGGAAGACUCCUCCUGGGGGCUGGCUCCCAGGUUGGGGCAGGUGAGCGUGGGAGGCCUGGGCAGUACCAAGGCACCACAGGUGGGAGAGGGCACAUGUCCCCUGAGGGCCCUAGUUAUAGCUUUAAUCCUGUCUCCAACCCUCCAAAACAGACAAAGUCAAAUAAAGGAGCUGUCUGACUGCUA